CAGCACUUCCUCUCCAUUAAUUGGACUACUCUUUCUUUCCAUGUCCCUUUCCUCUUUCUCUCUCAUGAUGUUGCCCAUGAAAGCUGAUGCUGAUGGCAAUGGAUGCCGCACUUAAUUGCAUUACCAAUCCUCAUUCAUUUGCUGGGGCACUCUAAGUGUUUUCGUUGGGCCAUCGAUUGAGAUAAAAGAGAUCAGUGAAGUGAGAAAAGGAGGGGAGAAGGUUAACAAGUUUUGCAAGCCCUGUAAAUUCAGUUCCUUUAUUCUUCAGGCCAAGAAGAUUAAGGAUAUCUGGAAAGCUUCUUGUUGCAGUCUCCGUUUAUCUUUUCUCCUCAAGAUUUCUUAUUUCCGUCGCCCAAGAUUUCCUCCUACUCCAGGGCUUCUCCCAGGUCGGCAAGCUGGAGCCACCACCGGCAACUGCGGCAGCGGCGAAGAUGGGCCGUGGGAAGAUCGAGAUAAAGCGGAUUGAGAACACGACCAACAGGCAGGUCACCUUCUGCAAACGGCGAAAUGGCCUGCUCAAGAAGGCCUAUGAAUUGUCAGUCCUGUGUGACGCUGACGUUGCCCUCGUCGUCUUCUCCAGCCGCGGCCGCCUCUACGAGUACGCCACCAACAGUGUCAAAGCAACUAUCGAGAGGUACAAGAAAGCAUGUAAUGAGACCACCAACAAUGGAUUUGUUUCAGAAGCUAAUGCACAGUAUUACCAGCAAGAAGCAUCGAAACUACGACAACAAAUCAACAGCAUACUGAGCACAAACAGGAAUCUGAUGGGUGAGUCCCUUGAUUCCAUGAGCAUAAGGGACCUUAAGCAGCUCGAGAGUAGGUUGGAGAAAGGAAUCAUCAAAAUAAGAUCUAAAAAGAAUGACUUGCUGUUUGCUGAAAUUGAGUAUAUGCAGAGAAGGGAGAUGGAACUGCAGAAUGACAAUAUGUUUUUAAGGAACAAGAUAGUUGAGAACGAGAGGGUGCACCAACAGAUGAAUAUGCUGCCGACGGCGGCAACGGCAGAAUACGAGAUGAUGCCUCCAUUUGAUUCAAGGAACUUCCUCGAGGUGCACUUAAUGCAGCCAAACCAACAUUACAGUCAGCAACAAAGGACAGCCCUUCAGCUGGGGUGAGAUGAAAGAAGAUGGAUUUGUGAUCACGCUUAAGGAAAGCACGUUUCGAAGGAUAAGCGUUUCCAACUUUUGUUGUGCGUGCGUUGAUAGCUCCUGUUUACUGUUAUUUAUACUGUCCUACGCAAUUAAGACUAAUUUAGUGCUUCAUGCUGCAAUAUGGUAUCGUUUAAUGCUGGAAAAACUCAUUUUCUGUCAUAUGUUUUUUCUGAAGGAAAAUUUCAGGUCAUAAACUAA